CCCAUUCCCUCACGGAGAUGGCUGCUGCUGCUAACGCUGGCUGCUACCUGGGCGUCGAUUUGAGCACCCAACAGAUGAAAGCCAUGGCCAUUGACAAUAAUCUGAAUGUGAUCCAUGAGACCAAUGUAAAGUUUGAUGAGGAUUUGCCAGAAUUUAGAACUCAGGGUGGUGCCCACGUACAUGAUGACAAGCUGACUGUUACAACACCAGUGCUACUGUGGGUAAAGGCCCUGGAUAUACUUCUAGAGAGGAUGAAAACCUCAAACUUUGAUUUUUCUAAAUUGAAAUCUUUGUCUGGCACUGGUCAACAACAUGGUAGUGUUUAUUGGAAAGAGGGAGCCAAUCAGACCUUGAAUAACAUGUCAAGUGAUCAUUCUCUGUAUCAGAUAUUGGAGUCUAGUUUCGCUGUAAAAGACUCUCCUAUCUGGAUGGACUCCAGUACCACUGCAGAAUGCCAGCAACUAGAAAAGUCUGUUGGAGGGCCACAGAAACUUGCUGACAUCACCGGAUCACGUGCUUAUGAGCGCUUCACAGGAAAUCAAGUUGCAAAGAUUAACAAAAAGAACCCUGAAGAUUACAAGAAAACUGAGAGAAUCUCUCUCGUUAGUAGUUUUGUUGCUUCCCUAUUUCUUGGAGACUAUGCUGCAAUUGAUUAUAGUGAUGGUUCUGGUAUGAAUUUGAUGGAUAUCCAUGCACAUGAGUGGUCACAGCAGUGCCUUGAUGCCUGUGCAUCAGGUCUGAAGGAGAAGCUUGGUGCUCCACUCCCAUCACACACUAUACUGGGUUCAGUUUCUCCAUACUAUGUGAAACGCUUUGGAUUCAAUUCUGAGUGUAAAGUUAUUGCUUUUACGGGUGACAAUCCAGCAUCACUGGCAGGAAUGAGACUUCACCAAGGGGAUAUAGCAGUAAGCCUGGGGACAAGUGAUACUGCCUUUCUCUGGAUCCAGGAUCCGAAACCCACCUUAGAAGGACAUGUCUUCUGUAAUCCUGUUGAUAGCAGUGCCUACAUGGCACUCAUAUGUUUUAAGAAUGGCUCCUUGACGAGAGAGAAGGUCCGUGAUGAAAGUGCUUCUCGUUCAUGGGAUGAAUUUGCAAAAGCACUGAAAACCACUUGUCCUGGAAAUAAUGGAAAUUUAGGAUUUUAUUUUGAUGUGAUGGAGAUCACCCCAGCUGUAGUAGGUAUUCAUCGAUUCAAUGCCAAAAACUGCAGAGUUUCAGAGUUUCCCAAAGAUGUGGAGGUCCGGGCAGUGAUAGAGGGACAGAUGAUGGCUAAAAGGGCAUAUGCUGAGAAGCUGGGCUUCAAAGUCUUGAAGGGAACCAGAGUACUGGCGACGGGAGGGGCUUCUUCAAAUCCAGAUAUACUAAAGGUCUUGGCAGAUGUUUUCAAUGCCCCAGUGUACACAAUAGACACAGCUAAUUCAGCCUGCCUGGGAUGUGCUUACAGAGCAAAACAUGGACUGCAAGCAGCAUCAGGACAGUCCUUUGCUGACGCUGUGAAAAUGGCACCAGCACCAAAGCUAGCAGUCAACCCAACCUGUGAAAUAGAUAAGGAAUGGUGAGUGGAAUUAAGUGCUGUACGAUUAUUGGGAAAACAUCCCAGUUUUGACCUUUUGACAGAACAGAGGUGAUUGACGAUGGGCGUACCCAGAAGCAUGUUUGUAAAGCCAUAACUCAGAUGGUUGCUGCUACAUUCGUCCAAUCCCAUCCAAACUAAUCUCCAGAGUGCGUGAUCUAGGUCUCUGCUCCACCGUCUGCAACUGGAUCCUCAACAUCCUGAUCCAUAGACCACAAUCAGUGAAGAUAUACAACAACACCUCUUCUAUGACAAUCCUCAGCAUUGGUGCUCCACAAGAAUGUGUAUUCAGCCCCCUACUGUACUGCCUGUACAGUCGUGACUGUGGCCAAAUUUUUUCCAAACUUCAUCUACAAGUUCGAUGAUGACACCACUGUUGUAAGCCCAAUAUCAAAUAAUGACGAGACAGAAUACAGAAAGGAAAUAGAAUGUUUGGUGUCAUGGUGCAAAGCUAACAAUCUCUCCCUCAAUGACAGCAAAACUAAAGAACUGAUCAUCGCCUUUAGGAAGAAAGGAGGACACGCCCCAAUCAGUAUCAACGGAGCUGAGAUGGCAGGGUCAAAAACAUCAAGUUCCUUCAAGGGACGAUAACUAACAAUCUGUCCUGGACCACCCAUGUAGAUGCAAUAGUCAAGAAGACACAACAACGCCUGUUCUUCCUCAGGAGGCUAAGGAAAUUUGGCAUGUCCAGAAGAACCCUCACCAAAUUUUACAGAUGUUUCAUAGAAGGCAUUCUAUCUGGUGCGUAACAGCUUGGUAUGGCGACCGCUCUGUCCAGGAUCUUAAGAAACUACAGAAAGUUGUGAACAUAGCCCAGAUCAUCAUGCAAGCCAACCUCCCAUCCAUUGACUCCAUCUACACUUCUCGUUG